AUGAAUCAGAGCUCACAUUCAGCUGGGGUCUGUAAGUUUUGGUACUACGAUGACGUCACGAAGUGCGGACGAGUGGAAUACCUGAACUUUUAUACUCCCUUAGUCCUGUUGUGUUUUUUCGGAAGUUUUACUGGAUAUAAGACCGCAGUCCAUGUGUAUCGUAGGAGGUAUCUGAGGGAACACAAACCCAACUUCGCCGAUGAGCUAGCAGCAACUUCCAAUGCUGAUGAAAACAAACCCUUACUAUCGGACGCUAGCGGCGCAAUUUAUACCAACCCAGAUGCUGUUCCCAAGGAACACAACCUCAAAGAGGAGCAUUUUUCCAUCGAAAAUUUGAGAUUGGCUGAUCCCGAUGGGAAGCCUCAUGGUCUAGUAGAAGUGGUGAAACGUAAUUUUGUGGAGAAAGCGCGCGUAGUAGUUGAGUUUUUGCUCGUUCUAGCUCAACUAGCCAUCCAUGUCUUUGUGUUGAUCAAUUUGAGUAACGAAAAAGAUGAGUUUCCCACUAAAGUUUCCAUUGUGAAUGUACUCCUGUGGUCUUGGUUACUAUUUGUGGUCAUUCUGCGUCUGCUGAACAUCAAUGAGCAAAUUAAGUGGAUCAAGUAUUAUCCAGGAAACUUGUGGACCGUGUCUUUCGUGUCUUACAUGUUUUUGUUUGCGUCCAGGGUACUACCUUUCCGUUCUGUUUUCAUUGGCCACAUAACUGACGAUAUCCUGAAAAAGUACGUUCUGAGUCAAUUUUACAUCGACCUUGCACUCUUUAUGUUGCUCUUUACUGCCAAAAUCGGUAAUGACCAUGCGGUGUUGUACAGAACUAGUCCGGAAACAGUUCCUUCUCCAGAGCCUGUAACUUCAAUUAUGAGCUUCAUAUCAUGGUCGUGGAUCGACAAAUUUGUUUGGGAGGCUCAUCAACAUUCAGUUAAGCUCAAAGACAUAUGGGGUCUCAUGCUCCAGGAUUAUUCCAUUUUUGUUUUGAAAAAGUUCAAAGUGUUUUCUAAAAAGACAAAGGGCAACUUCUCUUACAAACUGAUUCGAUUCUUCUCAAAAUAUCUCCUUCUACAAGGAUUUUGGGCUUGCAUUGACAGCGUUAUCAACUUCAUUCCUACCUUAUUGCUUAAAAGAAUUUUGGAAUACGUCGAUGACCAGUCCACAGCACCAGCGAACCUCGCGUGGUUCUAUGUUUGCGCCAUGUUUGUUUGCAGAAUUCUUGUGGCCAUCUGUCAAGCACAAGCCCUAUUUUUCGGAAGAAGAGUGUGCAUCAGGAUGAAAGCUAUCAUUAUUUCCGAAAUUUACACCAAAGCUUUGAGAAGAAAGACAUCUCCCAACAACUCAAAGUCUUCAACUGAUGAUGUCGAUCCCCAAGUUCUCAAUCAACAGAAGGAUGUCGAUGCAGAUGAAGAAUCAAGCACUGCCAAUUUGGGCGCUAUUAUCAACCUAAUGGCCGUGGACGCCUUUAAAGUGUCCGAGAUUUGUGCUUAUCUACACUCCUUUGUUGAAGCACUUGUAAUGACAAUUGUUGCGUUGACUUUACUUUACAAGUUGCUAGGGUGGUCUGCAAUCAUCGGUGCGUUAUUGAUUGUCGCCAUUCUUCCACUUAACUUCAGACUUGCAACUCUGAUAGGGAAGCUUCAGAAAGAGACAUUGUCUUUCACCGAUAAGAGAAUCCAAAAACUUAACGAAACUUUCCAAGCCAUUAGAAUCAUCAAGUUCUUUUCUUGGGAAGAAAACUUCGAAAAAGAUAUUCAAAGCAUCAGAGAUCAAGAACUGAAAAUGCUCGUGAAGCGUUCAGUUGCCUGGGCACUUACUGCUUUUGUGUGGUUUAUCACUCCCACUAUUGUGACGUCUGUGUCUUUCGCCUUUUACAUUUAUGUCCAGGGCGAGGUUCUUACCACGCCAGUAGCCUUCACUGCUUUAUCUUUGUUCACCCUUUUGAGAAACCCUCUCGACAUGCUCUCGGACAUGCUGAGUUAUGUCAUCCAGUCCAAAGUCUCUCUAGAUAGAGUCCAGGAGUUCCUAGAAGAAGAAGAAACUGAGAAAUAUGAGCAGAUCACAGUUCACCGGAAUAAGAUUGGAUUCGAAAAUGCCACAUUUUCCUGGGACAGGAAAAACCCCGACUUCAAGCUCAAGAAUAUGAACAUCGACUUCAAACUCGGCAAGCUUAAUGUUGUUAUUGGCCCUACAGGCUCUGGAAAAACAUCGUUGCUGAUGGGCCUGUUAGGCGAAAUGGAUUUGUUGGAAGGAAAGGUUUAUGCUCCUUGUCUGGACCCAAGAGAAGAUAUGGUUAUCGAAAACGAUGGUAUGACUAACUCGAUUGCUUAUUGCUCGCAAGCUGCGUGGCUACUUAAUGACACGGUUAAGAACAACAUUUUGUUCAGCAGCCCUUUCAACGAAGGGAGGUACAAUGCUGUUAUAGAGGCUUGUGGUCUGAAGCGAGACUUUGAGAUUUUGAGUGCUGGGGACCAAACUGAAAUUGGUGAAAAAGGCAUUACAUUGUCCGGAGGACAGAAGCAGAGGGUUUCCCUAGCUAGAGCACUCUACUCAUCGUCAAGGCAUUUACUGCUUGAUGACUGCCUCAGCGCUGUUGACUCUCACACUGCUUUGUGGAUCUACGAAAACUGUAUCAGCGGACCGUUGAUGGAGGGCAGAACUUGUAUUUUGGUCUCUCAUAACGUUGCGCUGACUCUGAAAAAUGCUGAAUGGGUAGUGUUCAUGGAAAAUGGUAGGGUCAAGGACCAAGGCGAACCUUUAGAGCUGUACAACAAGGGCUUGCUCGGAGAAGAUGAACUGGUGAAAACGAGUGUUCUGUCAAGGGGAAACUCUUCCACUAGCUUAGUUGGAAAAUCAAGCAAAAGUGGAAUCAAUUUGAGCAAAUUGAGUGCUAAAAUCGAGAAAUCAAGCGUUCCCUCCAAAAAGCCUCUAACCGAGGAAGAAAGAGUCAAGAUGGGCAAACUUAUUGAAGAAGAGACGAAAUCAGAAGGUGUGGUCAGCAUUGAAGUUUACAAAUGGUUUGCCAAACUUUUUGGUGGAUGGAAGAUGGUCAUCUUUCUAGCAUCUAUAUUCAUUGUCGCACAGUGCGUUUACAUCUUUCAGUCCUGGUGGGUUCGUGCGUGGGCUUCUCAUAACACUUAUGAUGCUACUAGAAAAUUUAUUGCAAGAAUACUUCCUGAAGGCACUGUCAAUGGCCUAUUGCCCUUGGUUGGUCUUGAAAAUCAAUUAUCAGUUAGUCCAGUCAUCGAAGAAACGGUUAAACCAGCUGUAAAAAAAUCCAAAACACACUCUACAAUUUAUUACUUACUGUUCUACUUCUUCAUUGGCGUUGCACAGGCUGUAAUAGCGUCUUCGAAGACUAUAAUCAACUUUAUGGCAGGGUUGAAUGCCUCUAGAAAGAUUUUCAACUUAAUCUUGAAAAAGGUGUUGUAUGCCAAGUUGAGAUUCUUUGAUUCUACGCCAAUCGGGAGAAUCAUGAACAGGUUCUCGAGGGAUAUUGAAGCUGUCGACCAAGAAUUGACACCGUUCGUCGAAGGAGCUUUUGUUUCAUUGGUUCAGUGCCUUUCAACCGUAAUUCUGAUUGCUUAUAUUACGCCUGAUUUCUUCUUCGUUGCUAUUUUCAUUGGAAUAUUCUAUUAUUUGGUGGGAUACUUCUAUAUGGCAGGAUCCAGAGAACUCAAAAGAUACGAGUCAAUCAGUAGGUCGCCUAUACACCAGCAUUUCUCAGAAACCCUUGUGGGAAUUACCACCAUACGUGCGUUUGGUGACGAACGUCGAUUUAUGCAAGAAAAUUUGACAAAGAUUGAUGAGAAUAACAAACCAUUUUUUUACUUGUGGGUCGCAAAUCGGUGGUUAGCGUUCAGAAUUGACAUGAUCGGAGCAUGUGUCAUUUUCGCUGCUGGGAUAUUCGUCCUGUUGAAUAUUAAGUCUCUGGAUUCUGGAUUAGCUGGUAUUUCUUUGACAUAUGCUAUUUCCUUCACUGAAGGUGCUUUAUGGUUGGUUAGACUAUAUUCCAAUGUGGAAAUGACUAUGAACUCAGUUGAAAGAUUGAAAGAGUACAUGGAAGUCGAGCAAGAGCCUCAUUAUCAAAGCACCCACAACCCCCCUCCAGAAUGGCCCAGCCAAGGUAAAAUCGAAGUUAAUGAUUUAUCGUUGCGUUACGCUCCUAGUUUGCCCAAAGUCAUCAAAAAUGUCACCUUUACAGUUGAUCCUAACUGUAAGGUCGGGAUUGUUGGAAGAACAGGCGCCGGGAAGUCAACAAUCAUUACGGCUCUGUUCCGCUUUUUGGACCCAGAAAGUGGAUACAUCAAAAUUGAUAACGUGGAUAUAACUUCAGUUGAGCUGAAAAGGCUUCGCCAAUCUAUUACCAUUAUCCCACAGGAUCCUACUUUGUUUACUGGCACAGUGAAGUCCAACCUGGAUCCUUACGAUGAGUACUCCGACAAACAAAUAUUCGAAGCCCUGAAACGCGUCAAUUUGGUUACACAGGAAGAACUUGAUCAUGCAGCAAACCCAAGCCCGGACAAUGCAUCAGCCGUGUCAGAGAAUGUCAACAAGUUCUUGUUCUUGGAGAACGAAAUUUCGGAAGGAGGUUCCAACCUCUCCCAAGGUCAGCGUCAACUUGUCUGCCUAGCACGUUCUUUGUUGCGGUCUCCAAAGGUUAUGCUACUGGACGAAGCUACUGCGUCGAUAGAUUAUCAAUCAGAUGCUAGAAUCCAGCAAACAAUAAGGAGCGAGUUUUCAGAUAGCACCAUUUUGACUAUAGCUCACCGACUAAGAUCCAUUAUCGACUAUGACAAAAUAUUGGUCAUGGAUGCAGGUGAGGUUAAAGAGUAUGAUCAUCCGUACUCGCUUUUGUUGAACAAAAACAGCAUCUUCUACAGUAUGUGUGAAGAUAGCGGCGAACUUGAGGUAUUAAUUCAACUGGCCAAAGAGUCUUUUGUAAAAAAGCUCAAUUCUAAAUAA